GUCCUAAUCUGAUUGGGAAGUAUAUCUUUUGUAUACCUGCAAUGAAUGAUUCAUUCAACUUUAAUACUUUGAAGUCACCAUUACAAUACUUUGUGUGAAGACAUAAUUGGUGCAUACAAUCCCUCCGAGCCCGUGAAGAAGCCCCUUGCAUCUGAAGGCCCUCCAACCUGGUGCAGCUUUCAACUUCGUGAUUUACAGAAUAAGGUUCUUAAUUGCACUCUCUGGAAUGAGUAUGUUGACCAACUUGAUACAUAUAAAUCGACCCCAAGACAGAAUCCCAUUGUUAUCUUACUGCAGCUAUGUCGUAUAAAUAAACGAUGGGGCGUGUUUCUUCUCCUUUGCACUUUUAUAUAAUGUCAAAGGACAUGCUUCAUUUAUAUACUAACUACAUUUUGUUACUAAUUUACUUUUUAGAUGGCACUAAAGGAGUAGCCACCUCUUUUUAUGUUUCAAAGUUCAUAUUGGAUGAACAUAUCCCUGAGAUUGAGGAUUUCCGAAGCAGUUUUUUAAGCAUUAGAGGCUCUUUCCCAUCGCCUUUAACACAAUCAUCAUCAUCCUCUGUUCUCAUUGCCGAUGUUACUGCUGAAAUGGGUCCUACCAUACCACUCUCUGAGUUGUCAUCUGCUAAAGAGGUUCAUGGUUGUUGGGUUUAUGGCCAAAUAAGUUCCAUUAUUUCUUGGAAAACAUGGGCUUAUUUGGGCUGUGAUGAACCUAGAUGUUUCAAGAAAGUCAUCAAAGAUAAUGGAAAACUUCGUUGUGUAAACUGUCACAAGAAAAUUGGUAAAGGUAUAUGGCGAUACAACUUAAGGUUUGAGAGUAAACCAUAAUUGUGACAACAUUGAAUUCAUGUUCUGGGAUUUGGAGGCACAACGACUCUUAGGAAAGGCAGCACAGGAAUUCAGCAUCCACCUAGAUGUGGAAAAGCUAGCACCAAAAAAACUUCCUGAAGAGAUAAAAGAACUGGUUGGAAGGGAAUUAAUAUUCAAAAUAGACAAGGCACACGAAAAUCGCACAAGUGGCGGUGUGUAUUACUCUAUCAACAUGAUUUCAGAGGAUAGAGAAAAAAUAGAGCGUGUGAAAUCUGCAAUUGUAUUGCAGUCCGAGACUCCAAGCUCCUUUGACAAUGAAAAUGUACCUACUCCACACUCAUCAAUUUCAAAACGAGUUUCGGAAGGUGAUCUUCUAGGAUCUGAAACAGGAUCCAGCCAAGGCUCAAGUGUCAAAAAACAGAAGUUCAUCAAGCUAGAUAUGGACUGAAGUUCAAGCUUCCUGAUUUUUAAACCUCUUCAAAGCAGCCUGCACUUUUAG